CCGCGCUCGGGCGGCCGCCAUGGACCCCAACCUGCGGCUGUGGCGGGCGCAGGGACGGUCUUUCUUGCAGAGGUUCCGGCUCUGGGCCGAUGUGCUGGACCCGCUGCUGCUGCUGCAGCCCUCGAAAGAAAUAAAAAACAGCAGAUUAUCCAUACAAAGCACUGGACAGACCCUUAGUGAGCCCAUUUACAACGAUCAGAUGAAACAGGCCUUCCUGCUCAGCCUGUCUAGUGUGCAUCCAGAUACAGACCAAAUAAUUCCAGUUUUGUUUAGACCUCCAGCCUUCAUGCCUGUAUCUCUUCCAUUGGUUGUUGCUUCAUCACUUCCGCUCCAAGCGAAGAGUGCGUUUCUUUGCCAGUUUGUGUUUCACACUUACACUACUGGAUUCACCCUAGUCAACGGAAACGGUACCACGAAGUCUGAAGAGUACUCUGUUCAACAAAAACAGGUCAUCUUUGGCUUGGGAGCGGUCUCCUACGCGGCGUGUGUCGGCGCUGUUCCUAUCUUCUUCAUGAAUCGGUACACGCUGAAGAGUCCCCUAACACAGCUGAUUGUCAGAAAACUUCUACAUGCUCCUCUUCUGGGCUUGAUGAGUGCAUUCACUGUGGCGGUGGUGAGAAGCCCCGAAUUUGAGAAUGGGAUUGAAGUGAUGGACAGGAAUGGCCAAGUUGUAGGAGUAUCGAAGAAAGCUGGUGAGAAGGCUGUAAGAGAAACAGCUUUGUCAAGAGCAGCCUUGUUUGGGACAGCCUUCUUCCUGCCAGCUGUGUUCAUGUACUUUGUGGAAAGAGCAAAAUUUGCAAAAACUCAACGUGCUUUGGCCUCAAUGAGARUGAUGAUGAUUACAGGAGUACUGGCGGGGAUGCUGCCAGUUUCACUUAGUAUAUUCCCACAGUGUGGGGAGAUAAAACGAGAAGAUCUGGAACCAGAAAUUCUGUCAUCCACAGAAGAAACAGUAUUUUUCUAUAACAGAGGAAUUUAGGGAUUGCUUUUAAUUUAUAUAUAUGUGUUUUGGCUAAAGUGAGCUCUGAUUGUCUCAACAAACUCAAUGGAAUACUGACUGAGCAAAUCAUGACUCUGGUUGGAGAACGUAUAUUGGGUUUGAUGCACAAUGAUGUGGUCAAGAAGAAGACUUGCUAUUUGCAAGUCCAAGCCAACGGGCUGAUAUUAAGGCAAGCAUUGAGGUAAAYACAUAACCUUAUUGUUCUAAGUGAUAUUURUACCAGAAAACAUUUUAGUAACAGGGUGUGUACCAGAAACUGUGUUCAUUACACUUCCUGAUGUGAUUGAUUUCUUAAUUAAAAGACUGUGAAAAUUGAA